AUGCUUUUCAUUGACCAAUCGACCAUGUCCAUCAAAUUCCGAGAAGAGCCAUGUGGAGAGCUGGAGCUCAAAGCAGGAGGUCUUCAGGUCUUGCGGAAGGCACACAAGCCAGGAAUUCCCCACAAAGAUGAGCCCAAGAUGGCCUUCUCUGCUGAGCCACUACGAAGCCUUGCCGGACGUGGGUGCUGGUUUGAGAUGCGAGUAGAUGCUCUGGCUGGUGGGGAGAUGUGCCCCAUGGGCCUUGGCUUCACAGCCACUGACCCCGGGACGCUCAAGGGCACCGAAGAGGAACCGAUAAAACUUCCUGGAAGUGCAGCGAACCUUCCGAAGUCCUACGUGUGUGGCUACCUGCGCUCUAUGUAUUGGAAUGGCGAACAAAUCGAGGUGGACAACGUCUUUGGCAAACUGAAACCUGCCAAAACUUUCACAAUUGGGGCCCUGGCAACAGUUACAGGGGGACUGGAACUCUUCAUCAACCGCCGGCUGGUUCUCUCAUAUUCACCAGAGGACCUUUUGAAUCGCAUUGACUUGGAGCAGCCUCUUUGGGCGGUGCUCGACUGUGCUGGUGGCCUCAAGAAGGGCUGCCUGAUUCCUGAUUCGCUGCCUCCGACUCCAGAAGAGGCCAGCGCACCUGAGGAUGAUGAAGCGACACCUGAUCAGCCCGAAGGUGCUGAGGAGGGUGAAGAGACGGCUGAAGGAGAGCCUUCCGAGGGCUGAGGCUGUUGCCAGCUUCUCGGUGAGACUUGAAACCAGCCCUGCUUCGAACGCCUUGCCCAAAGUGGGAAGGCCGGGUUCACGCUUGGGUACAGCAGAUUCCACAGAUUCCAGAAACUGGAAUCUAGCUAACUCUUUGUUUUCCAUGCCCAGUCAGCAUGUUGUCCAUCUUUUUUUGGGGUGCUGACAGGUGUUUGUUUCACCAUGUCUCACCGUUUGAAGCAGCAGUUUCAGAAGAUUGAAAA